GCAGGCUUGGCUCGCGGAUUUAAGACCAUUUUCAGAGCGGAGCUGAGCAGUUGAAGAGUGCGACUUAAAAAUCGUUAUUUAUGUGUGAAACAGGUGUAAAACUUACAAUUUUCGUUGCAUAUUCUUGUAAUUUUUGUUGUUAAUCUAAGUGCUGUUUGGCAAAUAUGUUGUCGUACGUUGUCAUCGGUGUGAUAGAAAAUUGUGCCAUUGCGUGUGCGUGUACUAGUGUGUGUAUGUGUGUGCGCGUUUAGUUUACGUUUCUUUUUUUUGGGUCUAUCGGCAUCCAAAGCAAAAGCAAAAAAGCAAAGGCAAUCAAGCAAUUUAAGUUAAUUAAAAACGUAAGCUGAAUUUCGAGUGGUCGAUAACGCUCUUACAAUGAGUAAUUAUCAUCCGCACGCGUCGCUGUCGCAUCUACAGCAAUUGCAGUACCAGCACCAGCUCCAGAUACAGAAUCAUCAUCAUCAUUUGCCGCCACAUUUGCAGUUGACAUCAACGCCGCCGCCGCCGCCCCAACAGCAGCAGCAUCGUCAUAAUCAUACGCCCACAACCACCCAAAGUCAAUUGACGUCGGCCUCGGCUGCGGCGUCGGCUGCAAGUUCCAUUUUGGUGGCACAGCCUCCACAGCCGCUGAUAAGCAAUUCGCUGGCCAUACGCCAAGAGAUACAGCGCUUUGAGAGCGUCCAUCCAUCGAUUUAUGCUAUUUACGAUUUAAUCGAUUUGCUGCCUCUGCCGGACGCACAGAUUGCCCAACAGAUACGCGAUCACGUCGUUUGCAUUGAAGAUUCCUUUGUGAACAGCCAGGAAUGGACAAUAUCGCGCUCUGUGCCUGAUUUAAGACUCGGUAUUGUUGGCUCUCUAAAUUCUGGCAAAUCGGCCCUAGUGCAUCGUUAUCUUACCGGUUCCUAUAUGCAAGAGGAGUCACCUGAGGGAGGACGUUUCAAAAAAGAAGUCUUUAUCGAUGGUCAAAGCUAUUUGCUGCUCAUUCGCGACGAGGGCGGUGCUCCAGAAAUGCAGUUCGCUGGUUGGGUGGAUGCGGUAAUCUUUGUAUUCAGCCUGGAGAACGAAGGCAGCUUCAACACCGUCUUCAAUUAUUAUACCAAAAUGGCGCAUUUUCGCAAUGGACAGGACAUUCCCAUGAUAUUAGUCGGCACACAGGAUGCUAUCAGCGAGCGCAAUCCACGUGUUAUCGAUGACACACGUGCCAGGAAAUUGGCAAGCGAUUUGAAGCGUUGCUCCUACUACGAGACCUGUGCCACCUACGGAUUGAAUGUAGAGCGCGUCUUUCAGGAUGCCUGCCAGAAGAUACUCUCGCAGCGUCUUCCGUUGCCGCCAGCGAUGCAGCCUCCGCGGCCGACGACACCUCAGGGCACCCGUCUGGGUCUGCCUCCCGCCUCCUCGUACCAGGCGCCAACAAAUGGUCAGCGGGCGCAGCAACAGUUGCCGUUGCGGAUGAGUGCGGACUUCGCGCAGGCGGAGCAGAAGCUCUGGUCGCUGCAGGCGUCCUCCACCAACGAGAACAACAAUGUUACCAAAUACAAUCCAGCUGCAGUAGCAACACCGCAUCAACAACAGCAGCAACAUCAACAUCAGCAACAGCAACAGUUGUCGUUGCAAGGUGAUUGCUCCCAAGUGCAAUUGCGUGAUCCUCGGGAUUUGGCGCCGCCACCUGGUAAGGAUCUUCCCACGCCCACUUCAACGCCCACGACAAGUCGUAAAAGUCGACGGCGCUCAAAUCUAUUUAUACCCUCCUCGUCCAAGAAGAGUGACAAGGAGCCAAAGAGCAGUGAACUGGGCAGUGGACGAUCCAUCCCUAUAAAACAGGGCUACUUGUAUAAGCGCUCCAGCAAGUCACUCAACAAGGAGUGGAAGAAGAAAUAUGUUACACUCUGUGAUGAUGGCAGACUCACCUAUCAUCCCUCGCUGCACGAUUAUAUGGACGAUGUGCACGGCAAAGAGAUUCCACUGCAGUAUGUGACGGUCAAGGUUCCUGGCCAAAAGCCGCGCGGAUCCAAAUCCAUCAUAACAAACAGCGCAUUGACAUGCUCCUUGUUGGCCAAUGGCCAGCGGGCACAAGGCACACUCAAUGAGGGAUUUGGCUGCCUCACCCUGGCCAAGGAUAAUCAGCGUAAGCUGAACGAGAAGCUUUCGCUACUGGGCGCAACUGCUGUUGCCGGCGCAGAGCCAUUGAAAUCGAAUAGUUCUCAGCAGACGAGUGGUGACGAGGGCAUUGCCAUGUCAAAUUCGAAUUCACAGACCUUUAUAGCCGGUGAGAUGCCGGCAUCCGGUAAACUGGAGGCACAAACGCCCAAUGUUAAGAAACGACAUCGGCGCAUGAAGAGCAGCAGCGUCAAGGCGAACGAGGCGGAUGACAACGAUGGCUAUGAAUUCUAUAUUGUCUCUCUAGAUUCCAAGCAAUGGCACUUUGAGGCUGCCAAUUCCGAGGAGCGUGAUGAGUGGGUCGCAGCCGUCGAGCAGGAGAUCUUCAAAAGUCUACAGAGCAUCGAAAGCAGCAAGACGAAACCGGCAACCAGCACUGAGCUGGCCGCCAUGGUGGCCAUACGACAACGUGUGCCCGGCAAUGGACACUGCGUGGACUGUGCAGCACCCAAUCCCGAGUGGGCCAGUUUGAAUCUGGGCGUGCUUAUGUGUAUUGAGUGUUCGGGCAUACAUCGCAAUCUCGGCUCACACAUCUCUAAGGUGCGCUCUCUGGGUCUAGAUGAUUGGCCUGCACCGCAUCUGAGUGUCAUGCUGGCUAUUGGCAACAGUUUGGCGAACUCCGUGUGGGAGUCGAAUACGCGACAGCGUGUUAAGCCGACAGCACUGGCUAACCAUGAGGAGAAGGAGCGCUGGAUACGCAGCAAGUAUGAGGCCAAGGAGUUCCUUACGCCGCUGGGCAGUGGAAAUCAUGCUAAUGCCUCAUCGCCGGGUCAGCAGCUCAUUGAGGCGGUAAUUCGAGCGGACAUUAAAUCGAUUGUAUCCAUACUGGCCAAUUGCCAGUCAGAGGUGACCAAUGCCAAUGUGAGCCCGCGGGAUGUGCGAACACCGCUCUUGUUGGCUUGUGCAAUUGGCAAUCUGGCCAUUGCACAGCUUCUCAUCUGGAACGGUGCAAACAUCAAGCACACGGAUCAUGAGGGACGCACCUGCUUGGCCUAUGCACGUGCCGCACAAUCUCUGGCCACAGCCAAGUCUAUAAAGGCCGCCGCUGCCCUGGCAGCAGGCACAACGGCUCCUGCGCCGCCACCAGCGCCGUCAGCUGCCGCUAACGGUGGCAUUCCUGCGCCUCAAUACAAUGUGGAGGAUACGACGGCACUGGUUGAAUUGUUGGUCGGAUUGGGUUGUCCGGAGUCGGCGCCGCUGACAGCCAGUGGCACGCUGCCAAGACGUCGGGAUACUUUGGGCACGCCGUAUGAGAAAUCCGUAUCGGGCGUCAUCUAAAAAGUUAAAGCAUAGUUGAAUUUCAUAAACAGAUAAAAGAAUUAUUGUAUUAAUGUAAAAUUGGUUUUAAAAUGUUUAAUAUGUUGUUUGUAAUUAGUUUAAAAUUGUAAUGGGAAUGAUCAUUCUGUAUGUAGAAAUGUUAAAAAUGUCGAUGUCGAUUAGUUAAUAGUUUUUAUUCAAAAUGUGCAAAUUAUUUGGUCAGCGUUGAAUGGAAAUUCACAAAAGUUUUUAGUUUUAUUUAUGAUUAAGCCCAAUCUGUACAGUCUUCUUGUAAUCUCAAGUUUUUUAUUAAUUUAUUAUUUUCGUAUUAUGUAUUAAUAAUACCUAUUACUUAUUAUUAUUAUUAUUAUUGUUUUUAACUAUGUGCAGGAUUUUAUUUUAAUGUCGUUUGCAAAACAACCAUUUAAGUAAUUAUGUAGUUUCCCUUUUAUUAUAAACAUUUGAACAGUCUCUUUUUUCAUCGGCUUAGAUAUAUAUGUAUAUAUCAGUGUAUCGCACUAUAUAUAUCUGAUGAUGGAGAUUAUAUACGUAUAAAAAUAGUAAAACUAAGACUAAAGCCAAAAACAACUUAUUACUCUAUAAAUAAACAAUAUUAAUAUAGCAAAUA